UCAUCUGAAAAAAAUAUUCCUACUGCAUUGGGGACAUUGUAUUAGUUAAUACAUGUAUAGUAAUGUGAGGAUUACAUGAAUUGGUGAUUGUGAAAAGCAUUAAGAACCAUGCCUUACAGAGAGUACUCUAAGAGUCAGCUCUUUCUAAAGGUAGGGGAAAAGUUUUGGAUCAUUUUGGUAUCAAAGGAUACAUCAUCCGUUACUCAAUUCCCUAAGUCCAUAAGAUAAAAACGAGUUUGUUUUGUUUUGUUUCAGGAAUAGCAUAGCUACUCCCCAGUUCCGAAGUAAAAAGAAAAUUUUUCUUGAGAGGUCUUCAUAUAAAGAAGACACUAAUAAUAUGUACAGUGACGUUGAGGGCACCCAUGUGGAUGUCACUCUUUAUCCAAGCCUAGACCUGUCUCAUUAGAGAUUGUCCCAGGUGCUUGCUGCCCUUUGCCCGUCAGAUGAAGCCAUUUUACUGUCUUGAGCCGGUGAUCAGGAUCCUGUCUACGUUCCCCCUCCUAUCCUUUCUCUAGGGAAUCAUUCUUGCUCACUUUUUAUGUCCAUCAGUCUUUGUCUUCCCUGGUCAUCCCUUUGUCUUCACAGUGACAUACGCAGGACAAAUUAUGCUGAGUGCCACUGGGUCCCAAAGUCCAUUUAGUAGUAGAUUGUACAGUUGUAAUAUGAAAUGCCUGUGGGGCUAAGAUUUGCCAUUUAUGUCUUUGGGAUGGAAUCAGGCUUCCAUCAUGGUAGUUGAAUCCUGUAGAGUCUCUGUGAGAGCCUGUGUACAGCAGGAGUCUCAAGGUCUUGGCUCAUCUCUUCUGCUUAGAGUAAAGCCAGACAGAAUUGCCUUCUGGCCCUGUUAGAGGAGUGCCAACAGUAAUGGCUUAUAGCCCACAGGUGGCCAUGGGCUUAUUUAAAAAGUCUCUGGCUGAGAGUCAGCAAUUACUUUUUUUGUUGGUUAAAUACAGUUAUCUUACAGUCAGCUGUGCUGAGUGUUAGAAUUGACACCUCUUAAGAAACUUGAGGAACCUAAUAAGGACAGGUGGGAGAAUAGAUGACCCCCAGACUUCUCUAGAAACCUAUAUUGUCUAGUAUUUUGUAGUUUAGUGCUUUCCGGGUUACAUCAUUUGAUGAAGGCGUGCAUUGUUAUUCCCAUACUUGACUGGCUCAAGUUUAUAAAACAAGUGGCUAACUUGAUCGGAAUCACAAAAAGUACCUAAAUGUUUAUCAAACAGUAUUUAAGGAUCUCAAUGCAAAUAAUGCUACUUAGGGAACGUACAAUGCUAAGAGAACCACCAUCUUCUAGGAAUAAGCAUUCAUGAUGAACUUACUUCAGAUUGUGCGUGACCACUGGGUACAUAUACUUGUCCCUGUGGGAUUUGUCGUUGGAUGUUACCUAGACAGAAAGAAUGAUGAAAAGCUAAUUGCCUUCCGGAACAAGAGUCUGUUAUAUAAAAGGGAAUUAAGACCCAGUGAAGAAGUCACCUGGAAGUAAAGGUUGCUGCUGAAUUACAGAAUGUUCACAGUUUUUAAAUUAUAAGAGAAAUAAAAACACAUUCAUUACUUAA